AGGGAGAAGUCUUCUUGGUCCUGCGACCAAGCUGGGAUCGCGCGCUUAGGACAAUAAUCGUCGCACGCUGGCACGCACGUCCGUGACUACGCGCAUUAAGGGCAUUAAGCGAACACACGCGUGUUGCGAGCAUUAAGAGCGAGCCUCGAGAACACUUCGCGAGGAAGGGAACCGAGCACCGAUAAUCGGGAUCGAUCUCGCGUCGAUUAAAUUCAAAAUCGGGCCAAAGGGAAACGCCGAAGCGGAGUCGAGUAGCUGCAUCGAAUUGCACACGAGUUUCACAUUGCGCGCGAUACGCGUCUCCGAAAAAGCGAAUUAAAAUUAAACAGGACGACAAAAGGAAAAUGGGAAAAGGCUCGGAGAGAAACGCGAAAUCCUAGACGUAAGACGCGACGCGCGUUCCUCCAUUCGUCUAAUGAAAAUUGAAUCCAAGUUCCGAGAUAUCGCGAUAUCGCAAACAAUGUAAGUUUCAAACAGAAUUCGAACGCAUCGGGAAAUAAGAAGAAAGUAGAGGAAGGUAGAGGAGGUGUUGAGAAGAGAUGAAACGAUCCCGAGCGGACGAUCGCGCCCGCACGAAGAUUUCCGGAUAUGUGUUGAAUGUUAUUUAAUUUUCUGGAAAAACAGAUGGAAACCGAAAGAUCCUGAAAACGGCUAAUAAUCUUGAGAGCCUCGGUGAAAGAAUAUAUCCUCGCUCGAACAUGUGGGUUUGCUGUACUCCUCCGCACGCGGUAUCUCAAGGUUUUCGACGUGGGUAUCUUUCCCACAUUUGAGAAAGACUUGUAAUAAUAACAAUACUCGCGGGAUAGGAGAGCGAAACUCCGCUUCUUCCCCGGCCACGUCCCGCGAGACUCGCGGAUAAGAAAAACGCUAAAUGUACGAGUAAUAAGCGGAAAGAUAAAACUUGAUCCCGGUUCCAGGGCCACCUGUUCUGGAAAGAAAUAAUUUCCUUUCCGACGUCGUGUUCGUCAGUCGGAAACUGAGAGGACUUGCUUCGCGGACGAUUUCAAUCUAGAGCAACCUCCGAUCGACGGCGGUCGUCGAAGUCGAGAAUCUGACUAGAAUAAGAUUAAGCUUAAACGUUACCUUCUCGAUGCGCGCACUGCACUCAAAAUCUCUGAGAGACACUAAGCACGCAACGCUCUCGAACACACGAGAGAUAAAGACGACGAGUUUUACGCGCCGUUUUGUAUUUCUCGGGGGAGUUGUGUGGAUGAUCGGUGUGCUGUCCGUACUUGAAAAGGCUCGACGUCCCUCGUGAAAGGCCGAUUUGCCACGUGAUUAUUGUGGGAUGUUGUCGAAAAGAAUCUGAGGAGGGAGAAAAGAAAGACACAAAGAAAGAGAGAGAGAGAGAGAAAGAGAGAGGAGGGCAGAAAAGAAGAGAUAAGCCUAUAACGAUGGAAGACGCGUUAGAAUCCAGUAUGAUGCGAGGAGAAACAUGAAGUGAACGGAGAGCGACGCAUCGCCGCCCCGGAGGGCUCCCCAUCGUCUGGAAGCAAAAGAUCAGUGACACGGAGAAAUACGGCAUGGAUUUCCCGAAGCGGGAAUGGAGCCACAGGCUCAGUCUUCGUGGUAGCCGAAGGGCUCACGAGGGUGAAAUCGGGCAUAGAACGAUAAGCGGAGCCCCCAGGACCACCAGGAGAUGGGCGAGCCUCAGACAACACGUGAGUAGUAGCAAUGAUGGCGGUAAACCCCGCGUCGAGUUGCUGUUCAAUACGCCGGGUUCCAAAUCCACAACGCCAUCCUCGCAACCGCACACCCCUAACACACCGAAAACGCCGCACACCCCACCCAUCAAGAAGUCCAAUUGGGAAGUCAUCGAGCACUUCACCGGCGCGCCCCGUCCCUCGAUCAUCACGGUGACUAGAGGAUCGGAAGUCGGCGUGGCGCCGACAACCGGACGAGAGUCUGUGACGGAAGCUGCAGUGAACGUGGGAAUCACGCAGCAUACGCGGAAAUGUGCUCUGAGCAAAUUCCUGAGUUCGCUAUGCGGUUCUCAUCAUUUCAAGAAUCUGCAGGUUGAAAUGCUGUACCAGCGCUAUUUCUUACGUAUGAAUCAAAGUAACAUGACGCAUGUGCUCGGUCUACUAGUCGGAUUGGCGUUUGCAUUGGGUCUACUACUCAUUAUGAAGUUGAUGCUGAUCGGCAACCAGCCGCUCUUCACUCUACUACAGAGACCCGAAAAUCUCUCCCUCGCGAUCACUCUGAUAACCUGUGUCGCUAUUUAUGCUGUCUUGGUGGCAGCCAUCUCCAGACCGGGCAUGAACGAGAUAUGGCUGGCAGGUGUUAGUGGCGCGGUGCUGGUCACCCUGCUCGCCCUGCAGGUGACCCUGAGCCUUCACCUGGCGCGUCUGCACGAGGUGGGCCGCGAGAAUACCGGCGACACGUUGUCCUCCAGAUCGAAGGAUCGAGCCGGAGGACCCCUCGCAGCUGCCCUGGCGGUCUGCUUCUUCAUCUACAUGGCCUACGCUCUUCUGCCCAUCAGACUCAGGCACGCCUGCAUUGCCGGGAUCAUCUUCUCGGCUGCUCAUCUCAUCGGAGCCUUCCUGCUCUAUCCGCAGGACUAUCCAUCCAUGAUGGCACACCUGCUAAGCUCGAUCGUGGUAGUUGGCGGGACGAACGUAGCCGGCGCACUGACACAUCACCCUCGGGAAUUGGCACAAAGACAGGCAUUCCUUGAAACCCGACAAUGUGUCGAAGCACGUCUGACCACGCAACGAGAGAAUCAGCAACAGGAGAGGCUUUUGCUCAGCGUAUUACCAAGGCAUGUCGCCAUGGAGAUGAAAGCCGAUAUAGCCGGAAAGCCGAAGGACACGAUGUUUCACAAAAUUUAUAUUCAAAGACACGAGAACGUCAGCAUUUUGUUUGCCGAUAUCUGUGGAUUUACCUCGCUCUCCGAUCAAUGCACUGCCGAAGAGCUCGUCAGAUUGCUCAACGAACUUUUUGCACGGUUUGACAGGCUAGCCGCUGAGCACCACUGCCUCAGGAUAAAGCUCCUCGGAGACUGUUAUUAUUGCGUUUCCGGGCUUCCAGAGCCACGGCCCGACCACGCUCACUGUUGCGUAGAAAUGGGAUUGGACAUGAUCGAUGCAAUAACAUUGGUACGCGAGGUAAUGGCCGUGAACGUGAAUAUGAGAGUCGGAAUCCAUACGGGCCGGGUUCACUGCGGGGUCCUCGGUCUGCGAAAAUGGCAGUUUGAUGUUUGGAGCAACGACGUGACCCUAGCCAAUUACAUGGAGAGUGGAGGGAUACCUGGACGUGUACACAUCACGAAGGAGACUCUAGAUUGCUUAGGCGGAUAUUAUGAAGUCGAAGAAGGCCGCGGGGGUGAAAGGAACGCGUAUUUAAAGGACCAUAACAUCAGGACCUACUUGAUUGUCCCGGGAGACACAUUUAAGGAUAACAUAACUAGUUCCGGGAUGCGAAAAACUUUCCCAGCGAAUGGUAAUGUGUCCAAAGAGAUGAGGGUUAUGGGCCACGGCUCGCAACACGGAAAACAGACUAAAUUAGGCUUCGGUGAAACUAUCGAGGGCGAAAAGGAUCCCGAAGAUGAAGUGAACGAGUACCUGAUGAGAGCGAUCGAUGCUAGAAGCAUAGAUCGAUUAAGAGCGGAGCACUGUACGCCCUUUAUACUGACAUUUCGAAGACCGGAUGUUGAAGAAAAGUACUCGCGCGAGAGGGACAGGAUGCUCUCGGCUUAUUUUGUGUGCUCCGGUUUCGUCUACAUGGUCGUUGUGGUCGCAAUAGCCAUCACCCUCGCCGGGAGUGUAUACUUUUACAUUUGCACGGCGAUUAGCAUAUUGGUGAUAGCCUUGGUCAAUGGCAUCUUAUUGGACGGAAAAAAAACGAGAGUGCCGGAAUGGAUGAGAACCGUGGCGUUGCAGAUCUUCGAGAAUCGCAUCAUCGCACAGAGCAUCGCGUCUAUCGUCGUGUUUCUGACUUUCAUCACGGUAUUAUCGCCGCUGAUUACAUUGGACGGAAGUGAGGCUUGCGUGAGCAAUAACACUUCGCCUUUCUGGCUGGAUGAGAGCCCCGGCGUAAUGAGAGUAUCGACAAAGAGUGCCGAUGCCGCCGGUAGUUGUUAUUAUAUCCUUUUCUGCGAUCUGUUUCCGGUUCUGGUGAUGCUGGUGAUGGUAACCUGUGCGGUGUACCAGAUCCUAACGUCGGUCUUUAAAGUAGCCGUAUUGAGCAUCGUUGUGGCUUGUUAUCUCGGGGUCAGCAUUUACCAGGCACUAAAUGAGGACAACGUCGAGCCCGCUGGAAGAUGGCUGGCGGGUGUACUGGUGGUUUUCUUCAUGGCCUGCCUAGUGGCACACUCUCAGCACACAGAGGCGACCUACAGAUUGGAUUUCCUGUGGAAGUUGCAAGCGACCGAGGAGAAGGAGGAAAUGGAACACUUGAAGGCCUACAAUCAGAAACUGCUCGCGAAUAUACUUCCGGAACACGUGGCCGCCCAUUUUCUGUCUACUGUCAAUUCAGACGAAUUAUAUCAUGAACAAUGCGACUUUGUGUGCAUUAUGUUCGCUUCGAUCCCGAAUUUUUCGGAAUUUUACGUCGAGCUCGAAGCGAAUAACGAGGGCGUGGAAUGUCUCAGGCUUCACGAAAUCAUCGCUGACUUCGACGAGUUACUCGCCGAGGAGCAAUUCAAGUACAUCGAGAAGAUCAAGAGUACGGGUGCUACGUACAUGGCUGCUUCGGGGCUAACGAAAAGCACCUGCGACAUGCGGGAUUUCAAACACGUGAUUGCUAUGGCGGAUUACGCUCUGAGGAUUCGCGAGCAGUUGGCCUAUGUCAACGAACACAGUUUUAAUAAUUUUCGCAUGCGUGUGGGCAUCAACAUCGGACCGGUGGUCGCCGGCGUGAUCGGCGCCAGGAAGCCGCAAUACGACAUCUGGGGCAACGCCGUGAACGUGGCUUCCAGGAUGGAUUCUACGGGCGUGUUAGAUGGAAUUCAAGUCACCCAGGAGGUUCGCGAUAUUCUAGCGGCUAAAGGAUAUCCCCUCACGUGCCGCGGAACGAUUCAAGUCAAAGGGAAGGGCAGUAUGAUAACUUACUUCCUGGACGGGCCGAGGGACAACACCAAGUCCAACCAGAUAGACGUCGUCAAAACGAAUUCCAACAACAACACCGACGCGACAGAGAAGACGGUCAACAAUAGCAGCGGGACUGUCUGAUUGGUGGAAAUGCCCGAGCAAGAAUUCACGAUGGACGACAUGUCGCAUCGGCGAUCAGAGAAAGUAUCAAUUAUUAAUUCUCGCGCUCUUUAAAACUUCUUCCAUAUACUCAAGUCCAAAGACGACGGUAUAAUGUUCGGAUCACAUGUGCGGAAAUUGGAGUCGUUGACAGUCCAUGAACGAUAGUAAUCGACCUAUGACAAGCAGGAUAAUUUUAAGUCUCAAGACAAAUGAAUCUUAAUCCGACAUUCAAAUAAACCCCGGUAUUUCGUUGCGGAUUUCGUACAAAUUACAUUUCUCGCUUGUUUCACGUGCCGACUUUCAAAUUGGAAGUGCCCGGGAGAAAUGAGAAGUCUUGAAAACCAAAUUACCGUAUAUACAGUCUAAAGAAUAAAUAAACUGAAUUAAGAAACUUUUCGCAAACGCAAUAAAUAUAUAAUAAAAGGAAACGGUUGUUUAUUUCAUAUACUUCAGGAAAGCAUAAAAAAAACUUUGAUUCAACAAGAUUGAUGAAUACAGCAGAAGGAACGAAAUAGCAUUUUGACGGUUGCUUUUUAUAAAUGAGAUCGGCCAUAGCCGACAUUCUUACCGAUACGUUUGAGAGUCGUCUUGCGCAAUUUCGCCGAAAAUCCAACGUGAUUACAAAAGUUUAGCAACUGCGAUCAUCAGGCAAAUUCGAGUCAAAUGUGCACCGAAAUGCCGGAUAUUAGCGAAAUAUAAUAGGAGCGCUAACUCGUCCUCUUGUAUAUUCGUCGUACUUAAGCUUCUUGAACAAUGCCUACAAUGUAUGUGAUUGUGUGUUAGAAGCCUUUAGUUCUCUCGAAUGCUAAAAUGCCUUUAGUUCUCUCGAAUCUAAAAUUAAUUAAUGAGAUUCCGCGCUGAUUAUAUUUGCGAUAAUCGAUUUGCGAAAUGAUCUUUCGGCGUGAAACGUGUCUCUAGGUAACGAUAUUUUAGACAAUUUCUUUCGAGGCUGAGCACAUAUGUUAAGUGAAAUGUUAUGUCGCAACAAGUGUCAAUUGUUUAUGCGUAAGCUUAAAUGUGCGCAUAAUUAUUUCAUAAAGCGAGUAACAAAAAUUCCACGUGAUUUCAUAUUCAAUUGUGUUCUCAAAUUCUAUCAUAUGUAUUAUCAUAUAUAUAUUAUUUUAAUUUUCAAAUAUUUGACGUUUUACAUUAUUUAAACAAUAAGACUAGAAGAAAAUUCUCAACUUUGUAUUACGCUUAUUUAAUAUAUUUAAAAUUACGUUUCUUUAAAUAUUUCAAGUAGAUAAAUAUAACAAUUUCCAUAAUGUAAUGAUAUGCUUUGACAGAACAAACACGAAUUAUUUUUAAAAUAGAAAGAAAAGAAAAUAUUUAGUCUCGUGACAAUAAGAACAUCCUCAAAGAAAUAAAUAUAUUUAGCAUCAAAUAUAUGUAACAUUAGUUGAAAAACUCGGGCCAAUAAUGUGUCAAGCCAUACACAACAAUUAGAAAUAGCAUUAUAAAUAAUUUAUAAUUCCAUGAAAUACACAUUCGUAAAAAAAAA